AAACUAUAAACCGCAAACAUCCCUACGUGAGGCUCUGGCACGAACCCCUAGGUUUUCCCAAUCAAUGCAUGUUUGCUGAAAACAGUGCUAAGUCCGAACAGGCUGUUUUGGGAAACUCGCUCCGAGUGCGCUUUCCUCUCUGUUUGAACCUGCCAAACACUCUUUACCCCAAAAGAAACAGAAUGACAGACGUUGCUCAGUCCAGAAGGCGCGGUUGGCAUACCAUCUUUGACGACCCUAAUUUAUCUACUGAAUCAAUACGACACCGAGGUAUCGUUGGCGCAGUGUGUCAAUCAGGAUUACGAUCCGUGUGUUGGAAGAUUUACACUGGCUACUUUCCCAGCUUGGAAUUGUCAACAUGGGCAGACAGUCAAGCCGAACACCGACAGCAUUAUAGUAAAUUGAAACAAACGUUCAUUGAGGAACCGGCCGAGAUGAUUAAACAGAGCAACAGCAACCAAGAUCUUACAGACAAUAACCCGCUUGCAUUAAAUGAUAACAAUCCUUGGCAACAGUAUUUUGAAGAUUCUGAGAUAAGAAAAACGAUCCGACAGGAUGUAGAUCGAACGUUCCCUGAUGUCGAGUUCUUUCGCAACUCAGAUGUUCAAGAGAAGAUGACGGAUGUACUGUUCAUCUACUGUAAAUUAAAUGAAGACGUAUCGUAUCGACAAGGAAUGCACGAGCUUCUUGCACCAUUCUAUUGGGUGUUGACUCAUGAAUCUUGGCCGAAGGAUGCGGAUCCGUCAGAACCGGCAGAUAAGUUGAUUGCACAAACGUUGGAUUCGGCUUUUAUCGAGCAUGACGCCUACGUGUUGUUUGAUAAGAUAAUGAAAUACGCAAAGCCAUGGUACGAGUUCAACGAACGGAUAUCCACCAAAUCGCAGGGCGACUUGCGAAACAAUAUACCCAAAUCUGCAAACACGAAACUCAAUCCUGUAGUACUGUCGUGUCAGCGAAUCCAUCAUAAAUACCUUCGCAGCACAGAUCCUGUUCUUUAUGAGCACCUUGAACGUUUUAAUAUCGAGCCACAGCUAUAUGGAAUGCGUUGGCUUCGUUUACUGUUUGGCCGCGAAUUCGAGUUCCAUGAACUAUUAAAAUUAUGGGAUGCCAUGUUUGCAACCGAUCCUUCACUGCAGAUUGCCGAAUAUGUUUGCUUGACGAUUCUUUUACGCAUGCAUGAUCAAUUACUUGCAAGCGAUUAUGCAGAAUGCCUUACGUUACUUAUGCGUGCUCCCCAGGUCGGAAACCCUACCAGUCUUGUUGAACAGGCAAAGUAUUUGCAAAACGAUCUAUCCGAAGGAGGAGGUUUGCAUGUUUUGCAGCAGAAUGAUCUACGACAGGGUAAACCUCCACGACAUUCCCUGUGGGAAGGCAUCCAACAACAGCAGGAAAUGCAUCAAACAAUGUCGCCAAACCGUAUUGCUCACAGAAGAUCUCAUGCCAACUUGGAUAACCUUGCGAGUAUCACCCGCGGUGUCAUGAAGAGUCCUCAAGUUCGAGACCUGAAUCGAGCGAUCGCAGGUGUUAUGGGAACAGUCCAAAAAAACGUGAAUAUGUUUGGUGAUAAUGUUCGGAACAGUCUUGAUGCUACCCCGUCUUCUUCACGUCGACGACUGACAGUUUCGUCCGAAUUUCCAUCCGAUAUUGACCGACAUUUUACUGCAGCCAACAAUCGUCCUACCGUUGUACGUUCAGAGCCAGCUGCACCACCACGCCUGGCCAGUGCGAGACCAUCAUCUCAGCCUCCACAAGCGCAAGAUCUCGAACAACAACAGCAGCAACCCCAAAACGUGAUCGAGAAAAUAGCAGCAGCCAAUCGACAAAUGGCAGACGUACUAGCUAAAAGCAUUGAUGUAUUAGAAACGGAAUUGUUCAUGGGCCAGUCAACGACAUCCACGGAAAGACAUGAUGGCGAGAAAACGCAAGAGAAACAGGAACCAGACCAGGCCGUGUUGAUAAGUGCAUUGACUGGGAUCAAGCACAUACGUGAUGUAUUGUCAGGCAAGCAAUCAUUUGAUUUGGAUGCUUUGUCAGCUGCGUAUGUGACAACGCCAGCACCAACAGACGCAGAACCAACGACGACGGCGAUAAGCAGCAGCAACAAAGUUCCUCCCAUCGACGACGUGGCCACUGUCGGUAGUAAAGACGAUAAAGAUUGGGAGAUUGUGACAGACGAUGGCGAUAAACAAACAACGACGUCGUCUGCUAGCGAACAUCUGGAGACCAAGCCGUGGCCACCACUACAGCAAUCAAAUAACAAUAUGUCAAGCGUUGAGCACCAUGCUACCACCACCACCACCGCCACCACUGCUACUACUAGUGCUCGCUCUACUUCUUCAACGAUGCCCUCUGAUACUACUACUGGUACUGGUGCCACUGCCGCCAAACAAAGUGUCGUGUAUCGGAUUGAAGAUUUAAUAUCUGACCCUACACUACAGCGGAAAGAUUCAGAUACUUCUAAUAGCAACAAAUUCAAAUGGAUUCUUCAAAACAACGACGAUGAGAAUGAAUUCUCGUCAAACAACAACAACAACAGAAGACGUCAGCAAUUUAAACCAUCUUCACCCGAUACCGCUCGAAUGCCACCUUUGCGCACUACGAAUACCAGCUACAACAAGCGCACCCCUACUGCUAGCCUGUCUGCAAGUGAUCUUACGAAUAUGAUGGCGAGUCCUAGUGCCAUAGAUCCUUUGGGAGCAAAGAGUAACGAAUGAAAACGCUGUUUUUAGGGCAUUUAACAGUAAAAAUAAAGAAAUAAGUUUUAUUAUUCUAUUGUGCAUAUGGU